GCACCCACUUUUCAUUUUCUUCUUGCAAAAACAGAACAGAACCCAGAAAAGAUCAAAAAGCCAUUGUUGCUUUCUUCAGAACAAGUACAGUUCGUUGGAAAAGAAAGCAAUGGCCAAAGCAGCUCUCCUUGUUUUGCUCCUCUUCUUGUACUUAACUUCAGGUGAAAACUUGGGUAUGGCUAGUUCUUCGGAACAGAAAACUUGGUGUGUGGCUAAACCAUCAUCAGACCAAGCAACACUACUGGCAAAUAUUAACUAUGCAUGCUCUCAUGUGGAUUGUAGAAUUAUGCAAAAGGGUUGUCCUUGCUCUACUCCAGAUAAUUUGAUGAACCAUGCCUCCAUAGCCAUGAACCUCUACUAUCAAUUCAAGGGAAGGAACAUAUGGAAUUGUGAUUUUAGGAAUUCUGGUCUCAUUGUCCUCACUAAUCCGAGUUAUGGGGAUUGCAUCUAUGCCUAAUGCUUCUUGGUACAGAAAGAACUUUUGCUCCAAAUAAAUAAAAUUAUUAGAAGAAUCCUCAACCAUUCUGUAAUUUCUGGAGAAACUGAGAAAUACUUAAAGUCUAUUUCGACAUCCACAGUAGUACAGUAGUUUAAAACGAUCAACUGAUCAACAAGGAAAAGUUUUCCCGUAAAGUUCAGGUAUCAAUUUAUGUUUUUGGACCCUUUUAUUAUAAUAAUAUACCCAAUUAUUACACCCCAACGGAAAUUUUUCUGGAAUUCAUGAUUUUCCUAUGUAGUUCAUUUCUCUCAAGUCCUUCAAUAGUUCAAUGUGGUUGAAUGGUUUACAACUUUGUCGGAACAAAUCUUCCUUUGAAUGAACUGUAUAGAGGUUGUGAUCUUCUGAAACUAAAAAUAUCGUCUAUCUGAACCUUGUUGGAAUGAGCUGGCUCACCUUCAUCUGAUGUGUUUUCAAGUGAAUGUAGCUUCCCAUAUACACCUAUGCUCAAUGUCCUCUUGUUAGGUGCACCGAUUCUUAUGUAUUCGUUGAAGAAAUCUAUAAAAUCUUGUUUUGUGAGCUGCUUU